AUGCUCAAUAUUUUUAAAAAAAGAAAAAAUGCUGGCAAUGCACCUAAUGUUCAAGAAAUAACAUCAGCCUCUACUGUUGUUGAAGAUAAAAACAUUAAUAUUGAUACCCCAGAUAAAAAGACUGAGGAUCAUAUCAACAAAAUAGAAACUCUUGUAGAUGAAAACUCGGAUUAUUCUUCGUCAGAAGAUACUACAGAUGUGGAGAACCAAAACGAUACUGGUCCAAAUCCGUUUGCUGACCCUAAUGUUGCCGAAUACUACAGAAAAUUGUAUCAAGACGCAAAUUACGAGUGUCUAUCAGCUUUUGACCCAGAAUUCACCUGGACAAAAAAAGAAGAAAAAGCCUUGUUGAUGAAACUUAAUUGGAGAGUGGCAUUUGUUGCUUGUUUAAUGUUUGCUGCACUACAAAUCGAUAGAGGUAACUUGGCUCAAGCUGUUGCCGAUAACUUACUAGCUGAUCUCGGUAUUACUAAAGAUGACUACAAUCAAGGUAAUACUGUUUUUUUGGUUUGUUUUCUAGUUGCAGAAAUUCCUUCUCAAUUACUAUCCAAAAAAUUAGGUCCAGAUAUCUGGGUUCCCAUACAAAUGACCUUGUGGAGUAUCGUUUCUAUCUGUCAAUGUGCAAUGCAUAAUAAAAAGGGCUUUUUGGCUACAAGAGCCUUGAUUGGCUUGUUGGAAGGCGGGUUUAUCUCAGAUUUGGUCUUAUGGUUGAGUUACUUUUUUAAAUCAAAUGAGUUAUCCAUCAGAUUGUCUUGGUUUUGGACCACUUUAGCUUUGGUCCAAAUUGGUACUGCUCUUUUGGCCUUUGCCAUUUUGAGAAUGCGUGGUAUUUGCGGUUUGGAAGGUUGGAAAUGGUUGUUUAUUAUUGAAGGUAUCAUUUCCUUUUUAAUUAGCGUUGCAUCUUUCCAUCUAAUGGUUCCCUCUGCCGUCCAAACAAAAAGCAGAUUGGAACCAAAAGGUUGGUUUACUGAACGUGAAGUUAAAAUUACUGUCAACAGGGUUUUAAGAGAUGACCCAAGUAAAGGUGAUAUGAAUAAUAGACAGGCUUUGAGCCUAAAAAAAUUGUGGGCUGCUUUGGCUGAUUAUGAUUUAUGGCCAGUUUACGUCAUUGGGUUCAUUGCCUAUAUGCCAAUAGACACCUUUACACCCUAUUUCACCUUGGUCUUGGAAGGUUUAGGUUUCUCAAAGUUCGAUGUCCAAUUGUUAACUAUUCCAGCAAAUGUCUUGCAUAUAAUAAUAUUGCUAAUUCUUACCUGGUUUAGUGAAAAAAUUGGCGAAAUUUGCUUUACCUCAUUGCUACAGCCUAUAUAUUGUACGGUGAUCAUUGGUGUUAUUAGAUGGUGGAAGGGCAGUAUGGUCCAGCUGUGGCCCUCUUAUGUUUUGUGUGUGUUGUUUGUAGGCCAACCUUAUAUUCACGCUAUCUGUGUUUCUUGGGUGUCCAGGAACUCCAAUUCCAUUAAAACAAGGGCCAUAUCUUCUGCCCUAUACAAUAUCUUUGUUCAACUAGGCAAUAUUGCUGCAAAUAAUAUUUACAAAGCUAGUGACGCGCCUAAUUAUCAUAGAGGUAAUAUGCAGCUAUUCCAUCUAUCUUGGGCUUUGAUUCCAAUACUACUUUUGACAAAGGCCUAUUAUGUAUGGAGAAAUAAUCAAAAGGAUAAAAUUUGGGACGCUAUGACUCAAGAGGAAAGGGAGGAAUAUAUUCAAAAUUCAGAAGUUAUCGGUAAUAAACGUUUAGACUUCAGAUUCUUUCACUAA